GGGCGCUUGCGUCGCGACUUGGCCGAAUAUCUCCGUGCCGUGCCUUCAUACCGAUCAAAAAAGUUGGCACAGGCUUCCAGGUCUAUCCUCUGCCGCGAACAGCGGCAAUGGGCGACACAUAGACUCUGAGCAUCUUGCUUCUGAAUACUUGACAGGAUGCUGUAUAAAGCGGCGAUCAGCGCAUCGCCAUGGAAGCUAGCCCAUCUAGCAAACCGCUCGCACCAACAAUUCCAAGCGCUCAAGUCGGCGCUAAACCUGGGCAACAGUACCACGACGGCUGGUCCUACCAACGCCUCUAGCAGCUCAUCGAGCUUGGGCAGUCAGACUACUGGCGGCGCGAGCGGAGGCGCAGGAGGUGCAAAGUGGCACGCAGGCUCGCGAACGUUCUCGUACAACCAUGGAAAGCUUGCAAAUCAGCCCACGUCGGCCUCUUCAAGCAGUCAAGAGACUGGCCGCUCGGACGACGAGCGUGAAGAGUGCCAGCAGCAGCGGAUAGAUAAUCUCAUCUGGCGUUCGACAGGUCAGCAGACGGUAUGGCGUCCCAUUCGCCCGAAAAGCCUCUUGGCAUCCACGUCGCAACGACAGCAGUCAAAUGCCGGCGAUCUUGCAGCAACGGACAUACAAGUCUCUCGAUUGCUGCACGAUCGACUUCGUACCGUUAUCCAUCCGGACUCCGCCAAAUCAGAUACGCAGACACCUCGGUCUGCUCUGACUGAGCUUGCUCAGCCGACGAUAAUUCCCGGCUCAAGCACACGCACGCCAUGGCCGGACAUGCUCGCCGAGCCAUCACGACAGCAACGUCGACGGAAUUCGACGACCGCGUAUGCAAAUGAGGAUCAUCCUGCAAAUGAGCUUCCGCCGGCGCUUACCCGCAGAGCUUCGACCGUUGGUCAAAGGCCGAGGCGACGGACUGCUGAGCGCCGUCGAUCCAGUUCCGAUCUCCUAUCUGAUACACGUCUGCAAAUGUCUACCGAGCAAACCCGAAUCAGCGCCGCUCUCGCUCGAGCCGACGACUAUGAGCAUCCAGAUCCUGGCUCGAUCGAGAAGAUAUGUCAGAGCUACAUGGUCGAUCGGGCGAUGUAUCAUCCGGCUAUACACGAGCGUUUGCUCAUCGCCUACUCUCGUUUACUGCCGGAUAAGCCAGCCGAGUCCAUAAGCAUAUUUCAAAGCAUGCUUGAAUAUCAAUUACAGCCAAGCUAUCGUGCUUUUGCAUAUGCUAUCACGGCGUACAUCCGAGCCGCUAAUCUGCGGCGGAACGUCAGAACGGUUCUUGCAAAGCAGCUUAGGCUUGAAGCCAACCUUGUCGACUCGGCCACGCUGGAUGCUCGGCAAGCAGAAUAUGCCCGACUGGAUCACAACGACGAGCUCGAGUCAGCUUUCAAGCUCAUCGAGGCGCUUGCUGGCCAUGCCAGUAACAUUCAGCCUCACGCCCUCGAAGAGGUGUUCUGUCUUGCCUGCAGGGAAGACCGGCUCGACAUUGCUUACCGCGCGCUCGACAUUUUCGGGCCUGGCAAGGCUGCGCCUGCCUCGAAAAAACUAUAUGCCUACUUAGCAGCUGCUCAGACGCGAGCCGACGACAUGGCGGGAGCCGACGCAAGUCGCAAGGCGUUUGACGAAUGCCAGCUCGUCGUCUCCUCACAUGAGCUUGUGAAUCCCAAAACGCAGAAUAAUCGCGCGCGUUUAGCGCAUUACGAAUUCGAGCUCAUGCAUGCCUCUCUCAUCGAUUAUCAUCUCCGUCACGGCAACCUGGCAGAGGGCUUGUCCCGAUUUGAUGCUGCACUGAGCAGUGCCGCCGUGGCAGCCGUGGAUCGCUUGCAAGGCGCAAGUCGCAUGCUCGCUGCUAUUACCAAGACGCUUGUUGGAGACGGGAAGAUCGAUGCAGCUAAGCAACGUGUCUCACAGUUCAAUUCAUUCGGACUCAUGUCGCCAUCUCGAGAUCGCACGGUCCGAAACUAUAUAGUCGAACAGAUUUUGACUCUGCCAAUUCAGCAACAUACUCUGGCAAGCCUCAAGUAUGUGUUCGAGCUGUACUCGUACAAUGUCAACACUCCCGAAUGGGAUCAUGGCUUAGUCAAGCAUGACACGCGCUUUGCCCUUGCUGCCGACGUGAUCGCCUUUUCAGCUGCUUAUGCACUGCAAGACACGACUCCCCGUCAUGAGCGUGCGGAGAUUAUGACGCUUGCCAUGCAAUUAUGGCAAGAGGUCGUAAUAGCGACGGCUCGGCCGACAAGCGCUGUCAUCCUCGCUCUCGUUCGCGAUGCCAGGCAGAAUAGUGCGGUCGCAAUCUUACGAGCCCUCGUCUUGGUCCCCGACUCGGAACAGCUGCUUGCCAAUGUAGUUUCGUACUGGACAGCCGCUUCCACACCCGAACAAGUCUUCGCUGUCAUCUCCGACGCGACGCGCGCGUUGCCUUACACGGCCUCGCCGUCGGCCCUAGCGAUGCUCUAUGACGUCGUUCGUGCUUCGCCGGAUUCGUCGGACAUUGCUAGAAAUAUAGCAGCUGUAAGCGCAAUUCACCUGCACGAGCACAGCAGCCUCGGCCAGCGUGAGGUUGCUCUUCUCCUUGCGGCGCAUCUCACAGCUCUGGAAAAUGACCAGUCAAUCGAUACGGCCUCGAUCGCGACCAACCUGCUUGCGUCGCAAGAUGCGCUCCAAAUUACACUUUCCGCGGAAUCACUCAAAAGAGAUUUGUCUGACCCGGUCGCUCGUGCUGGCAUCCUCUCCGGCAUAUCUAAGACGUUAGAUGGCAGCUCGACCAUCGCAGUCAGCUCGUCUCCUUCUACAGGUUCACCAACCUCCACUUUGCCUUCCUCGGUCGGAACCGUGGCCGCGCCAAGCUUGGCGGAGCGGCGAGAAUUGCCGCCUCCUGCACACGCUGAUUGUAGAUCCUCCAGGAUGCGACUGAUACGCGCGGCUGAUGCUCCUCCGCCGAACCGUGACUUGUCGAACCGUAUUGGCGACCUCUGCAGGAUUCGGCAAUCGCUUUCCGCGUUACGAGUCUAUGAGACCGCAUUGGCCCGCGGACAGCUGCCCUAUGUCCAAACGAUGACCGAAUUGAUCGACUCUCUGGGCGCGGGCGCGAGCCGCUACAAGGUGGCUGACAUGCCCUUGCGCGAGCUGUAUCUGCAGACAUACGAGCUUUUGUCUGAUGUGACACUGCCGCAUCAGACGAUGAUCGAGCUAUGGCAAUCACUGGAGAGUGGCAUGAUCAUAGCUCUCGCGAGCACCGGACAUAUAGACGAUGCCAUCCUCCAUCGCGACAGGCUUUAUCGAGAAGGACUUCGACCGAGCGCAGACGCUUACGCCCUGCUGAUUCAGCACGCCCACAGUACGACAGAUGAUGCUCGGGUUGCUCUAGCUAUCUUCGAAGAGGCCAAGGCCGCUGGGUGUGUGCCCAACGCAUUCCUUUACAAUAACGUCAUCUCAAAAUCAGCAAAGGCAAAGCGGAUCGGCGUGGCAUCUAGAUUACUGGAGGAGAUGAAAGCCGCCGGUCUCCGCCCAACCCAUGUGACGUAUGGCAGUCUUAUCGCGGGCAAACUCCGAGCGGGCGACGAGGAAGGUGCUCUCGAGCUCUACGAUGAGAUGACGUCGCUCAGCCACUACAAAGCUGCCGUGCCGCCUCUGAAUUCACUGAUGCAGCAUUUUAUCGGCAAAUCGGAUCGGCAACGCGCAGUGCAGUAUCUCGAUUGCCUUUUGAAUGCUCGUCUCAGGCCAACGGCUCAUACUUACCGACUGAUGAUUGAUAUUCACGCGGGCCUGCAGCCCUUUGACAAUCAGGCUGCAUUGCGCAUCUUCGACGAGCUCUGUGCUCCAGGGGGCUACGGCGUACAACCGAUCCACUGGACGGCGCUUAUAAGAGGCUACGGUAUCGCUCAAAACGACCUGGAUAAGGCAGUCGAAACGUUCGAAAGCAUAGCAUCGCAUCCCUCGCUUGGGCGACGUCGCGUAGCGGAUGUGCGCGAUGAGCUCGUUUACGAGACUCUGUUCGAGGUGCUUCAGGCACAUCAACGCUACGACCUCGUCGAACGAUUUGCUCAGAUGAUGCGAUCAGAGGGCGUGCCGGUGACCGCUUACAUAGCCAAUAAGCUCAUCAAGCUGUACGCAUCUGCUGGACAGAUUGCUCAAGCAAGAGCAGUCUUUGAAGGUCUUUGCGAUCCGCCGACAGGGGUGGCAGGGCACCCCAACCGUUCUGCCGAAGCUCGUCCUGCACAGACCAGCACGACAUUCCGCGAGCCAUCAACCUACCAGGCCGCUGUGCGAGCCGAACUCGAAGCUGGCGAGCGCUCGCGUGCUGUCGAGAUGGUUGAGCUCGCUCGUCAGCGCGGCUACCCGCCUCUGGUUUUCCAGGCGAUCGCAGACGAACUCGAACAAUGAGGCAUGCAGAAGUUUAUGUAUGUCAACAUCACUACUGUUGUAUCAAUUGGAUGACCUCUCCCGAGUCUUUGAUGAUCUUCCACGUGAGGAUCUCAAAGGGUGACGACUGUGUGCGUCUGAUUGAAGUAAAGUAAGCCGUCCCUCCGUCCCGGCUGCCCUGGACGCGGAAAUGUAUGUCGACAGAUCCGCUGAGGAGUCCAAUGUUACCUGAAAUCCAAGGUUCGCCGAAGAUGCUG